AUGGCGACAUCGCCGUUGGCGUUCGCGGUGCGGCGGCGUGACCCGGAGCUCGUCGGCCCGGCGACGCCCACGCCACAAGACACCAAGCGUCUGUCCGACAUCGACGACCAGGGCACGCUGCGCGGGCACGUUUCGUUCGCCCUCGUCUACCGCGGCCGCGUGCCGGAGGACGGCGACCUCGCGCAGGGCGACCCGGUGAGCGUCAUCCGACGCGCGCUCGGCCAGGCGCUGGUGCACUACUACCCGCUGGCCGGGCGGCUGAGGGAGGUGGAGGGGCGGAAGCUGGUGGUGGACUGCACCGGUGAGGGGGUGCUGUUCGUGGAGGCCGACGCCGACGUGAGGCUUGCGGAGCUGGAGCGCGGCGCUGGGCUCAGGCCGCCGUUCCCGUGCAUGGACCAGCUGCUCUUCGAUGUGGAGGGCUCCGGCGGCGUGCUCGGCUGCCCGUUGCUGCUAAUCCAGGUGACUCGACUGCUCUGCGGUGGCCUCGUCCUCACACUCCGCCUCAACCACACCAUCUGCGACCCAAUCGGCAUCGCCCAGUUCCUGAACGCCGUCGGGGAGUUCGCCCGCGGCCUCCCGGUGCCGACCGUGGCGCCCGCUUGGUCCCGCGAUCUCCUCGAGGCGCGCAGCCCGCCUUCGCCGUCCUUCCCGCACCGCGAAUACAAUCAUGUUCCGCUGCCACCGCCGCCGCCGUCAGCGGCGGACGACGACAUGGUCAUGCGUUCCUUCACUUUUACUUCCGCGGACAUUGCCGCGAUCAAGAAACGCCUCCCUCCUCUACUCCGCGACACGGCCACCAGCUUCGAGGUGCUCACGGCGUCCCUCUGGCGUGCCCGCACCGAGGCGCUCGAGAUCCCGCCGGGCCAGGACGCGUGGCUGGUCUUCAUCGCCAACUUCAGGGCCUUCCCGGAGCUGAGCCUGCCGGCAGGGUACUAUGGCAACGCGUGCGUGCCCCCGACUGCGCUGACAGAUGCCGCCACGCUGCGCCACGGCUCGAUCGGCGACGCGGUGGCGCUAGUGCGGCAGGCCAAGGCCACGGUGACGGCCGAGUACGUGCGUUCCACUCUCGACGUGCUGGUUCUGCGGGGACGGCCGUGCUUGGCUGUGCACAACGUGUUCGCCGUGUCAGACAACCGGCAUGCCGGGUUUAGCCGCGUGGACUUCGGGUGGGGCAAGCCGGUGUACGGCGGCCCUGCCGAUACUAUCUUCGGCGUGGGCUUCUUUGUCGCCGCCAAGGACAGGGACGGGAAGGAUGCGGUCGUGGUGCCGAUCGUGCUACCGCGGCCGGCCAUGGAGCGGUUCGCGGCGGAGGUGGGCAAGCUUUGCAAGGCAUAG